AUCUACUUCUUCCCUCUCCAUUCCGCCGGUGAUUCCUCCCUCCCUGCCGUCGUCGACUACUCGAUUCUCCCUCACGCUCUGUCCGACCACAAGUCCUUGUGCUCUCAACUCGUUCUUCCUGCGGGCUAUCCUUGCGCCGAGCAUAAGUACCGAGUCACUGAUGGACGUCAUUUUCUUAUUAAUUUCCUAGAUUCAAACAAAGGAUGGGUUUCUAUUGGGUCUGCAACGUGUAUCUUCACGUAAUGGAGAUUUGGAAAAGCAAAAAGGCCCUCCAAUUUUGCUCCUCCAUGGACUGUUCAUGGUCGAUAUUUACCUUAAACUUCUACACUACAGUCCAAUGGUGCAACCAUGCUUUCCAGUUAUCUCUUAGGAACUGGUACUGGAAGAUGAAUGGGAUAAAGCCUCAAGGCAGAUUUUACCCAAGGCCCUAUCUUAUAUAUAUGUGUGUGUAUGCUGGCGAUGGAUGGUUUUUGAAUUCUGCAAGACAAUCAUUAGGCUUUAUUCUUCCAGAUAAUGGAUUUGAUGUGUGGAUAGGAAAUGUGCGUGGAACACGGUGGAGUCAUGGGCAUUCAUCCCUAUCAGAGGACGAGAAGGAAUUUUGGAAUUGGAGUUGGGAAGAGUUGGCCCUGUACGAUCUUGCAGAAAUGAUUAACUAUAUAAAUUCCUUGACAAACAGGAAAAUUUAUAUUGUUGGACACUCACAGGGAACAAUUAUGUCUUUUGCUGCUCUUACCCAGCCAGAAAUAGCCAAGAAUGUUGAAGCAGCUGCUCUUUUAAGUCCUAUAUCGUACUUGGAACAUAUUACUGCUCCAUUAGUACGUCUAAUGGUUGACACACAUCUUGAUACGAUAAUUCUUGCCUCAGGAUUUCAUGAACUCAACUUUAAAAGCAAUUGGGGAACAGUCCUUUUAGAUAAUCUUUGUGAUCGGCUUGUUAACUGCAUCAAUGUUCUUAGUUCAAUAACAGGGGAAAAUUGCUGCCUCAAUCGCUCACGUUUUGACUUAUUUUUUGAAUAUGAACCACAUCCAUCAUCAGCAAAAAACCUGCACCAUCUUUUCCAGAUGAUCCGCAAAGGUAGUUUUUCCAAGUAUGACUAUGGAUUGUUAAAGAAUCUGAGAGUUUAUGGUCAAAGGAUGCCACCUGAAUUUGAUCUCAGCCUCAUUCCUGAAUCCUUGCCGCUGUGGAUGGCGUACGGUGGGAACGACGAGUUGUCAGAUUGGACAGAUCUGGAGCACACUAUAAAGAAGGUGAAAUCGGUACCAGAAUUAGUUUACCUUGAAAAUUAUGGUCAUGUGGAUUUCAUUUUGAGCAUGAAAGCGAAGGAAGAUGUGUAUGAUCCUAUGAUCAAAUUCUUCAAAUCCUUGGGAAAGUCGAGUAGUUUGUAAGGUGAACUUUGGUUAAUGGGGUUGUAAAUGUGUGUUGAUAUAAAUGUGGGUGUCGUAGCCAUAUCCUUCUUGUUGUGGAGGGCUAGUUAUUGUUCUAUAUCUUUGAUAUUGAUUAAUCCCUAAACUUAACACAAAUACAAAAGAAAUGAAAUAAUAAUAAUAAAUAUAUAUAUUUUGAGGA